CCGGUUUGAGCGCCCGCCGCCAUGGAGGGCGGCCACACCCGCUCCCUCGGGGAUUGGACCCCAGCGCAGGCCGGAACCCCUGAGCUGGCAGAGCUGAAGCAGGAAUGCCUGGCCAGGGGGCUGGAGGCCAAAGGCAACAAGCAGGACCUCAUCAACCGGCUCCAGGCCUACCUGGAGGAGCACGCUGAAGAAGAAGCCAACGAGGAGGAUGUGCUGGCAGAGGAGAUAGAGGAGGAAGAGCCGAAGCCGGCGGAGCCGCCCGUGAAGGUGGAAGAGGCUCCGGUGAAAUCCCCCGACGUGAUCACGGAGAAGAAGGUGGUGAAGAUCACAUCUGAGAUAUCCCAGAUGGAGCGGAUGCAGAAACGGGCCGAGCGUUUCAACGUCCCCGUCAGCCUCGAGAGCAAGAAGGCGGCUCGGGCGGCGCGGUUUGGUUUGGCCACAGCUCCCACAAAAGGCCUCUCUGCAGACAGCAAACCCACGAUAAACAUGGAUAAACUAAAGGAAAGGGCUCAGAGGUUUGGGUUGAAUGUCUCCUCACUCUCCAAAAAGAGCGAGGAGGACGAGAAGCUGAAGAAGAGGAAGGAGCGGUUUGGGAUCGUCACGAGUUCGGCCGGGGCUGGAGCCACAGAGGACACAGAGGCAAAGAAGAGGAAAAGAGCAGAACGGUUCGGGAUCGUGUGAGGCCGUCCUGGAGCUCCUGCCGUGGGCAUUGACCGAAACCCUUCCCCUGGUGAAGACUUGACGUCCCAGGAUUGUUGUUCCCCGCGGGAUCCUCAUCCCGGAGCGCUGGGAAGGCCGUUGGGAGCAGCAGGGACGUCCCCCCCCCGGGCAUUCCAGGGCUCCCACCCCAGUAACAAGCAAUAGUUCUACUUUUUGUAACGUGGAAAGUCUUCAAAAAUGCUUCUGUUCCCUGAGCGUUUCGAGGCCUCCAGGAAAUCCCUGGGAUGUUCUUUUCCUUCCCCAAAGGGAGCUGAAAGCCACAGGAUCCAGGUGACACCACAGGAUCCAGGUGACACCACAGGAUCCAGGUGACACCCUGUGUCCUUGGCUGAGCCCCAGCUCUGUUGCUCCUCCCCAUUCCCUGUGCUCCCGUUAUCCCAGUGUUUUGGUCCAUGUUUGGGAUUUCUCCUCCGUGUUUUCUGUUUGCCUCGUGGUUCCCCCGCUGGUUGUUGGCUCGAAGGGUUUGUGGUGCCAGGGCAGGGAAGGGUUUGUGGUGCCAGGGCAGAGGUUCCCUCCUCGCUUUCAUAAUAAAACUCCUUCUCCAAGGCA